AUGAAAGAAGACACCGAAAAGGCGUACGAGGCCGCGGUGGCGGCGGCGGUGGCGCGGGGUGAGGUGCCGGAGGAGAAGACGGCGGACGUCGACGGUAAACCGGCGGAGAACGACACGGUUUUGCCCGUGGCGCGCGUGAAACGAAUCAUCAAGCUCGAUAAGGAUGUCAAGCAAGCGUCAGCGGAUGCGAUUAAGUGCGUGACGAAGGCGACGGAGCUGUUUUUAGAGGGCUUAGCCGUCGGUUCACACGCGGGCAUGCGCGCGGCGAAGAGAAAAGGCGUGCAGUACAAGGAUUUGGAGAGCUUCGUCUUGCGACGGGGCAAGUAUGAAUUUUUACACGAUCACGUGUGGGCGAUGCGGCCGCGAGAGGGAGAGAAGGGUGAUGACGAUGACGAUGAUGAUGACGACGAUGACGACGACGACGCGCCGUCCGCGAAGAAGGCGAAAAAGUUGGCGGACGCCAACGGUUCGAGACGAGUGACAGAAUUUUUCAAACCUGGCGAGUCGCCGACGAAGAAGCCCGCGAACGACGAGGACGAAAUUGUCAUCGACGCGGCGCCGACGCAGACACAAACGGCAGCCGCUGUGAUCCCCGAGACAGAAAUUCAGACGCAAUAG